GGCGUGUCGUUGUAUCACUUCCGUCAUAAAUACAACAAAUGGCUGAUGCUAGCUGCUCCGCUACAGUUUUCUGUCGAUUCAAGCUCUGCCUUUUCUUAUUUGUGUGUGUUUUCUGAGCCCGAGUCUCCAUUAGCAGCCUCUCACCAUCAGUUCCAUGGUGGCAGGUUCUGCACUCAUGGAGCCAUCAGCUAAGCCUGGGACCAACCAGGUGGCCGAUGUGGUGUUUGUCAUCGAAGGGACAGCGAACCUUGGACCCUACUUUGAAUCUUUAAGGAAAAAUUACAUUCUUCCAGCUAUUGAAUAUUUCAAUGGAGGGCCCCCAGCAGAAACAGAUUUUGGUGGAGAUUAUGGAGGGACACAGUAUGGCCUCGUGGUGUUCAACACAGUGGACUGUGCUCCUGAGUCAUACGUUCAAUGCCACGCACCAACCAGCUCUGCCUUUGAGUUUGUCUCAUGGAUUGACAGCAUCCAGUUCAUGGGAGGAGGAGCAGAAAGUUGUAGUCUAAUUGCAGAGGGCCUCUCUGUGGCCCUGCAACUCUUUGAUGAUUUUAAGAAGAUGAGGGAGCAAAUUGGUCAAACGCACAAGGUGUGCGUGCUGCUGUGUAACUCUCCUCCAUAUCUGCUCCCUGCUGUGGAGAGUGUCAGCUACACUGGCUGCACAGCGGACAACUUGGUCAAAAUCAUCAGAGAUAAAGGAAUUCACUUCUCAGUGGUGGCCCCUCGGAAGCUGCCGGCUCUCAGGUCUUUGUUUGAGCGGGCGUCUCCUGCAGGUGGCGUGGUUGAACCCCAUCAAGACUACAGUCAGGACCCUUUCCACAUGGUCCUGGUCAGAGGAAUUUCACUUCCUGUUUCCUUAGGACCCGGACCACUCAAACCUGUCCUCCCUCCUCAGGUGCUCGCUGUCUCUCAGCCUCUCGUUGGAGCCUCACAGCCCCCUCCUCCCAUAAACCCACCCCACUCUUAUCAGAAUUCGGCUGCCAUGAGUGCAGCUCAGGUGGCUGCACAGAUGGCCGUGGAGGCAGCCAACGUCCAGAAGAGUCGCUUCCCAGGAAUGGUCAAUCAAGGCCCCCCCUUCACCAGUCAGCCAAACAUUCCAUCAGUCCCCGUGGUGAAGCUCAGUCAGCCCAGCAUAUCGACAGUCACUACAGCAUCGCAGCCUAUGAUGCCACAGCAACAAAUUCCUCCAAAUCAGCAGCAGCCGGUCCCACCCCCAGGGCAGCCUGUACCCAAUCAGCAACCACAGCAGCCACCUCAACAGCAGCCCUCAGCGAAUCAGCCCACAGCGCCUUCAGUGCAGUCCAACAUGCCUGGUGUGUCUGGACCUCAAAGCAAUGCAAAUGCAAUUGGACAGCAGCAAGGAGUGGCCAAUAAGAUUGUUGCUUGGACUGGCGUUCUUGAGUGGCAAGAGAAGCCUAAAGCCUCAUCCAUGGAUUCAGCCACCAAACUAACGCGUUCUCUGCCAUGCCAAGUGCACGUCAACCAGGGUGAAAAUCUAAACACAGACCAGUGGCCCCAGAAACUUAUUAUGCAGCUGAUUCCUCAGCAGUUACUGACAACCUUAGGUCACCUCUUCAGAAACUCUCGAAUGGUUCAGUUUCUCUUCACCAACAAAGACUUGGAGUCGCUGAAAGGCCUCUACCGCAUUAUGGCCAGUGGUUUCGCUGGCUGCGUCCACUUCCCCCACACUACAUCACCCUGUGAGGUGCGGGUGCUGAUGCUUCUCUAUUCAUCCAAGAAGAGAAUAUUCAUGGGCCUCAUUCCCAACGACCAGGGCGGUUUCGUCAACGGCAUCCGGCAAGUCAUCACCAACCACAAGCAGGUCCAGCAGCACAGAGCGCAGCUGGGCGGCGCAGGUGGUCCAAUGCAACCUGGUCAGGUCCCACCGAACCAGAACUUCCUCAACAGGCCCUCUGGUCCCAUUCCUGUCUCCCAUGGCAACGUCCAGCAGUCUGUGGUGGUGGGCAUGCCUCCUGUUAGUCAGGUUUCUAUGAUGGAGGAGCAGCAGAGGCAGAACAACAUGAUGACAAUGAGAGCAACCGGACCAGCUAACCAGCAGCCGCCGGUCAGUGGUGUUCCACCCAACCAGGUGGCACAGAGCGGACAACCCCAGCCCCAGGGUCCCAUACUGCGCCUCUCGAACCCAGGAGCCAAUCCACAGCUUCGCAGUCUCCUCCUCAGCCAACAGCAGCCACAGGGCGGCGUCACUCACAUGCCGGGCAUAAUGUCUCACCAGGGUUUAGGGCAGCAGUUGGUCCACUCUGCACCAGGAGGGGGGGCUCAAAUGCAGGCACAGUGGAGACAGCCCCUGGCAGGUCCAGUGCUGAUGUCUGGGGGUCAGAGAGGAGCGGUACCGCAGCCCGGGAUGCCCCAAGUCUCCAGCGUCAUGGAAGAUGAAAUCCUCAUGGACCUUAUCUGACCGAACAUGGUGCACUCUGGGUUUUUAGUGAACACUCUGCGGCCAUUUGCCAGUUUUGACACAUACAUCCACUCCGUUGCUUUAUUGCUACAAAUGUUCAACAUAAUUAAGGAACAAGUCAUGAGUAGUUUCUCCUG